AUGUUCUCAGGUUUAGAUAAACGUAAAGUGAUUGAAACUGCUACACAACAUAAACACGAUCAAAAUUCUGAGCGAAAACGACAUCAAGGAUACCUGUCAGUCAGCAGUAGUGAUCAUUAUCAUCCAGAGAGUCAGUCAGUCAGUAGUCAGUCAGUACAGUCAACGUUCAGUUCACACCCAGAACAGCCCAAGAACCCAAACCAACCGACAGGCAACAUCGCCACAAAAACAGCAGUUUUCACCGCUUCUCAACAAGCAACAGCGCCCACUGAUUGUCUUCGAUCACCGUUCGACAGGCACCAGCGCCAAAAUCAGCAGUUUUCACCGCUUGUUUCAACAGGGCACCAGCGCCCACAGGGCAACAGCGCCCGGGUUGUCCAAGCCAACCUCCUCAACUAUCGACGGCAACAGCGCCAAUCAAAACAGUCAUUUUUACGACUUUCCAACAGGGCACCAUCRCCCCAGAUCGUCGGACCACCAGCGCCCGAAGUCUCAGAAUUCCAAGUGGUGCACUCCGAUUUUCCAAUACCACAUGAUGGUAUUCUUGGGCGGCCGUUCUUGGCAUCAAAUCGGAUCCUCAUUAACUAUGAAACAAACAAGAUAACUAUUCCUGAUAAAUCAGACAUAGUUCUUAAGCCUCGUACAGAAACGUUGGUCCAAGUCAGAGCUGAAGAUCGGUUAGAAGGWGAAAAAGUAGUAAUAACAAAUCAAGAACUAAUGGACUCAAUCAUUUGCAGCAACGUAGUCACUAAGAUCCAGAACAAGGACGCCUUAAUACUACUCAUCAAUCCAACAGAACAAACCGUUAGAUUACAAGUCCCAAGUCUCGAAAAUCUUGAAUUUGAACCAUAUCACGAAGCGUUGUUGAAUGAAGCCCUUCGCACAACGCAUUUAAAUUCGGAAGAAAAGGCUUCAUUACACGAAGUUUGUCACGAAUACUCUGACGUAUUCUUCUUGGAAGGAGACAAGAUCACAGCAACUUCAGCCGUAGCUCAUGAAAUACGAACACCUACGACGAUUCCUCCAAUUCAUGUGAAACCAUACCGGUUACCACAACGGCAUCGUCAAGAGAUCGCAGAUCAAAUGGAUGAUCUUGAACGUGAAGGGUUAAUAGCACAUAGUGAAUCGCCUUGGAAUGCACCCCUAUUGGUUGUCCCAAAGAAGCCGGACAUAAACGGGAAAAUAAAAUAUCAUGUUUGUGUUGACUUUCGUCGAUUAAACGAAGUCACCGUAGGAGAUACAUUUCCGCUUCGAAACAUCGUUGACAUAUUGGAYCAGUUAGGUAGGUCCAAGUACUACACUACGCUGGAUUUAGCACAUGGAUAUCAUCAGGUACCAAUGAAUCCACCAGACUGUGAGAAAACGGCUUUUUCCACCGACAAGGAUCAUUUCGAGUUCUUAAGAAUGCCAUUUGGUUUAAAAGGAGCACCAGGGACAUUCCAAAGACUAAUGAAUAAGGUUCUGACAGAAAUCUUUAGCAGACUUCGUCAGUAUAAUUUGAAAUUACAACCACUGAAGUGCGAGUUCCUUAGGAAAGAGGUCACCUACCUAGGCCACAAAAUAACUGAUGAAGGAGUUAAACCAGAUCCUCAAAAGGUUGAAGRCGUCCAGUCCUUUCCAGUCCCAAAAAAUGUCAAGGAAGUGAAGUCCUUCCUUGGACUAUCAGACCCAGGAUCGCGUUUAACUCGAUGGCAUUUGAAACUGGAAGAAUACCAAUAUACUAUCCAGUUCAAACCCGGAGUAAAUAACACGAACGCAGAUGCACUGAUCCGCAUACAUGUUGUCUCUACUAGGAGAAAUACCAGAUCAUCAGAUUUACUAGAAACUCAAGAACUAUCAGACACUCCUGAACCUCAAAAACCUCCAGAUCCUCAAGAAAAUCAAACACAUCUAGAAGAAAUAGAGUUUUCAGAUACUUAUCCAGGAUUUCUAAAAGCAGAUACCGCACAGCUAGGACCAACGCUGAACGUCGAGGAGCUGAUAGGAGACAUAUUUGAAACGGAGUUGGGAACUACUUUAGCUCAUUGCGUGUCAGUAGACAUGAAAAUGAAUAAGGUAUACACCAAGGACGAGUUAACUGAAGACAACAAAGAGCAGAUCAUCAAAGAGUUUCAUGAGAAUCCUCUAGGAGGACACCAAAGAAACACCCGUACUUACAACAGAAUAUCCCAACAGUACCAAUGGCAAGGCAUGAGAACUCAGAUCAGACAGUAUAUCCGGAAAUGA